CUCGGGGAGCGGGUGGCCGCGCUGACGCCGCUGCGAGCCAUGGCUGUCGCCUACCUGCUGGGCAACGGCUCCGCGCCGCUCCUCGCCGGCGCCCUGGACGUCCCGUUCGCCGCCAACGCCUCCGCCUGCCGCCCGCCCGGGCCGCCCUGCCCGGCCUGGGGCAACGCCUCGGCGGCGCUGGGCUGGAACCGCUCCGAGCCCUGCGGCAAUGGCAAUGGCAGCGCGGGCGGCGGCGGGCCCUGCGCGCCCGCGGGCGGCGGCCCCUCCGUGGUCACCGCCAUCGCCAUCAUGGCCCUCUACUCCGUGGUCUGCGUCGUGGGGCUCUUCGGCAACUUCUUGGUCAUGUAUGUCAUCGUCAGGUACACGAAAAUGAAGACUGCCACCAACAUCUAUAUUUUCAAUCUUGCAUUGGCAGAUGCCCUAGCAACAAGUACUCUGCCAUUCCAGAGUGUGAAUUACUUGAUGGGAACCUGGCCAUUCGGUACCAUCCUUUGUAAGAUUGUUAUAUCCAUAGACUACUACAAUAUGUUCACCAGUAUCUUCACACUCUGCACCAUGAGUGUGGAUCGCUACGUGGCUGUUUGCCACCCAGUUAAGGCCCUUGAUUUCCGUACUCCCCGAAAUGCCAAAAUUGUCAAUGUCUGCAACUGGAUUCUUUCCUCUGCCAUUGGCUUGCCAGUUAUGUUCAUGGCAACUACUAAAUACAGGCAUGGAUCAAUUGACUGUACACUUACAUUCUCCCACCCUGCUUGGUACUGGGAGAACCUCCUAAAAAUCUGUGUAUUCAUCUUUGCCUUCAUCAUGCCAGUCCUGAUCAUUACCGUGUGUUACGGGCUGAUGAUUUUACGCCUGAAGAGCGUCCGCAUGUUAUCCGGCUCCAAAGAGAAGGAUAGGAACCUGCGGAGAAUCACAAGGAUGGUUCUUGUGGUGGUGGCAGUGUUUAUUGUCUGCUGGACUCCCAUCCACAUUUAUGUUAUCAUUAAAGCCCUGGUCAACAUCCCAGAAACUACUUUCCAGACUGUCUCCUGGCACUUCUGUAUUGCUCUAGGGUAUACAAAUAGCUGCCUUAAUCCAGUCCUUUAUGCAUUCCUAGAUGAGAAUUUCAAAAGGUGUUUCAGAGAGUUCUGCAUCCCCACUUCCUCAACCAUUGAGCAGCAAAACUCCACCCGAGUCCGACAAAACACUCGUGACCAUGCUUCCACUGCCAACACGGUGGACAGGACUAACCAUCAGUUGGAACUUCAAGAAGCUGAAACUACUCCACUGCCGUGACAGGGUCUCCU